CGUUUUCCUCCGGUUUGGGAGAGUGGCAGUCAUGGCGCCACCCGUGAGGUAUUGCAUCCCAGGCGAACGUUUGUGUAACUUGGAGGAGGGUAGCCCAGGCAGCGGCACCUACACCCGGCACGGCUACAUCUUUUCUUCGCUUGCUGGCUGCGUGACGAAGAGCAGCGAGAACGGCGCGCUUCCUGUAGUGUCUGUGAUGAGAGAAACAGAGUCCCAGUUACUGCCAGAUGUGGGAGCUAUUGUAACCUGUAAGGUCUCUAGCAUCAACUCACGCUUUGCCAAAGUACACAUUCUGUAUGUGGGGUCCACACCACUUAAAAACUCUUUUCGAGGAACUAUCCGCAAGGAAGAUGUUCGAGCUACUGAAAAAGACAAGGUUGAAAUUUAUAAGAGUUUUCGCCCAGGUGACAUUGUCUUGGCCAAAGUGAUCUCCCUCGGUGAUGCGCAGUCCAACUACCUCCUGACCACGGCCGAAAAUGAGCUGGGGGUGGUGGUGGCUCACAGUGAAUCAGGUGUGCAGAUGGUUCCCAUCAGCUGGUGUGAGAUGCAGUGCCCUAAGACCCACACUAAAGAAUUCCGGAAGGUGGCCCGAGUACAGCCCGAAUUCUUGCAAACCUAAGAAGCCACAUUUUACCCCAAGGAUGGGGGUAAGCUGUUUCAAAGAGUACAUGUAUGAAAGUAACAGUAAGAUGCCAUUGUCUGUAUUGAUACACCUGGGGUCAGCCAGCAACCAGCUCAGGAAGUCUGCCAGAAACUAACUCUGUAGGUGGAACAUUUUUCUUGUGAACCUUUCAGUGGAUUUCAUUCUCUUGAGUGAUAAAUUUCUCUUUUGGGGGCUCCAUAAACAAGCUGUAUACUGUUGGAAAUAGCCUGUUUCUUCUGACAGUCUUAUAAAUAUGUAUUUUUCUGUGACAAAGAAAACAUUUGUAUUAAAAGGAUUUUAUGGCUUCUGUCGUCUUGAGUAGGGAAAGGAAUCUAAAUGGUGUCAUGACACUCGGAGCAGGGGUUUGCCUGGUGGCCUCCAUUAACUGACAUGUGUCAGGUGCACGCUCGCUCUGGACAAAGCGUAAUCUCAUUGUUUUUAUAUUAUGUUCUCUUUUAAGUAUUUCUGCUCAUUGAGUACUUACUGUUCCAGGCACUUUAUAUACAUUCCCUCAUUUAGAGAGAUUAUGUUUUAGUGAAAAUUACAGGACUUGUGGUGAUUCUGGUAGCCUAUGAGUAGUCCUGAAAGUUACUUGGUAAUCGUAAUGUUCCUGGUAGAGUUAGUACUCCAGGAAAGGGGCGUGGCACAGAGGCGAGGAGGUCAGGAAAGGAUUUGUGACAAGAGGGAAAAGGAAUUAAAGAACUUAGAAAAAUGGAGUGAAGAUAUUCAAGGCCAAGAGAAGCCCUAGCAGAAUGCAGAAAUAGAAAUGAAAACAUAACGUUUGUGGGUGAGGAAAGCCUGAGGGUGAAGCAUGGAGUGGUUGUGGAGGGAAUGGACGGAACAAUGAACUGUGAAAUGGCACUUCUUGAGGUGUUAUUCAAGGAUCCUGCAUCUUUCAUGUGUAGUGACUGGUUGAAGGGUGAGCUUUGGAGUCAAGCCUCUAGGUCUAGCCUUGAGCAGGGUAGGUGGUUUUUUGCUGUUUUUUUAAUUAAAUUUUUUAUUCAGAUAAUGGUAGGUCCACAUGAAGUUCUAAGAGAAAGGACAGAGCCCUGGCCAGAAUGGCACAGUUGGUUGGGUGUUGUCCUGCAACUGAAGGAUCUUGGGUUCAAUUCCCAUUCCAGGCACAUGCCCAGGUGGCAGGUUUGGUCCCCAGUCAGGGCACGUGCAAGAGGAAGCCAAUCAGUGUUUCUCACAUCAGUAUUUUUCUCCCUCUCUUUCUCCCUCCCUUCCCCUCUCUUUGGAAUCAAUAAAAAAAGAAAAAAAUGAAAUAAUGCAGAGAGAUCCCUUGUACUCUUUCCUCAGUUUCCCACAAUGGUAACGUUUUGAAAAAUUUUAACAAUCAGGAUGUUGACAUUGAUACUUGAGCAAGUUACUUUUAUUUCUUUAAGUCUGUUUCCUCACAUGAAAUAGUAUGACCUCAUAGAACUGGCUUGAGGAAGAGAUGCAUAAAAGUGCUCAGUGCAUGCCAAUCAUAUUUUUAUAUAUUGUUAUUAUACAUUUUAUUGCCUUCUACGAAGAGUCUACCAAAUUCAGGCCAUAUGCUGGACACUUAGAUAUAAUUUAUUUAAUCAGUACCCCACUGAUAAGUAUUUUAAAAUUUUACAAAUUUUUUUUUGUACAGUGCUGCAGAGAAAACAUCUGUAUCUUUGUGCAUGCCUGAUUCUUUUACAAAAUACACUUCUAAAAGUGGGAUGCUAGGUCAGAGAAUAUGCACAUUUUUCCAAAAAUAUUUAUUUAAUUUUAGAGAG